ACAUUUCUAUUGGUGAUCGUAUUGUCCGCAGAGGAUUCGUGUGGAGCUGUGAGCCCCGACCAUUUUGGAUCCGGACCUCAAAUCGAACCGUCACCCAUCUACAUGUCACCCUCCUCCUCCUCUAAACAAAGUGCUGCUCAUUCUUCCCAUCCCGUGAUCGCGUUCUGGUGGUGGUAGCGUCAGCAACGACACAACACCUUCCAGUCGACGGUGUCGGUGUUGAAAAGGAUGAUGGUGGCGGUGAUAGCCACGACGAUGAUGACGACCACCAUCAUCCUGAGUCUGAGCGACCUCCAGAUCAGCUCGGCCGCAUCUCCUGCAUCUCGCCGAACCUCAAACAGCAGCAGCAGCAAGGGCAUCGACCCAAUCGGCACACUGCACGGAGUCUCACCACCAAAACCAGCAGGAGACAUGCACAGCAAGAUUCAUCAUGGCCAAGGGAUGGAGGAGACACGCGCCGAUGAGGAGGCAGCGGUGGUUCCGGCGAUCAUCAAGGAGCCGGUCGAGACUUGCCGCGGUUACUACGACGUGAUGGGCCAGUGGGACGCACCGUUCGACUGCCGCACCAAGCCCUACACGCACUGCUGCGGCACCUGCGGAUUUCGCUUCUGCUGCCAGUACCUGCGCGAGAAGCUGGACCAGCGAUCGUGCAACAACUACGACUCACCGGGCUGGGCCGACGUGGAGCAGCACCUGGGCGCCGGCGACGCUCCGGGCACCUUCCCGCACGACAAACACUACCCGCAGCAGGCUGUGGUGCUCGCCGCGUGCGGGGUGGGCGCCCUGCUCGUGGUGGCGGCGGUGUUCGCCGGCAUCGGGCUGCGCAAGUUGGCGGCACAGCGGGAGAUCGGCAGAGCGAGCAGGCUCUCGGAGAUAGUACAGCGGGAAGGACAACUGGGGAUGCAACGUGCAGGGCCUGAAGAAGAAAGAGCAACAGCAGCAGCAACAACCACCUCUGCGGAGUUUGCAUGUGAAACAUCGACGCUGGGCACCGCUGUGUAUGGAGGAGCGGCGUUCUUUGUGCAGAACGCAUUGGCCGGGCAGCACAGCCCCCACCACCCACCCUCGGCCAUGCCCCCAAUGCCCCCCUUGUCCGUGCCCACCAUAGAGACCCUGCUCGCCUCCCCCAAGCGACGCAGGCACAGCGUGUCCUCCAUGAACUCGCUCGACGACGACGAUGACUCCAGGUGUCGCCAUGAGGGCCGCCGCUCAGAGCGAACAGCAGGAAGGCACCCCGUGAUCCAGGCCCUCCCGCGGGCCCCGCACCCCCAUCGCCACCAGCAAGCGGCAUGCGGGACCCCUUGCAAACUCCGAAUGACCAAGAUGUAUUCGGAUCCCGGCGGGUUUCGGUGGCAGGAUUCCUCGGCUGGCGCCCAGCCGCCGCAAGACCCCCGUUGGCAGGGUCGUAGGUCUACAACCGUGGACCACAGCACGCAGCAGCUGAACCGAGGGCCGACCCGCACGUAUCACUCCACCUACUCAAAGCGAGAGGUCGUCGUGUAGAAGCAGGGGCUCCUACAACUUUAAAACGUUGUUGUAGUUUCCCCCCCGCCUCUCACCCCGAAUUGUUAUCCCGUUUGUUGCUAUCGGCAUCGCGCCGUGAAACGAGGAACCCAUUGGCAUCUCUCGAAGAGGUGUGGCGCAACCGGUUGAGUCGGAGGCUGGUCCGCUGAAGUGGACACCACAGAGCUACCUCUGAGAUCCCUUCUUCAGGUGUCCCCCGAUUCACACAGUAGAGGGCAGCAAUCUGCCACGUUUGAAACACAUUCCAUUAUGAGAUCUCUUUUACCAGUGGCAAAAUAUAGUAGUAGGUUUUUACCCUUUUAAACUGGAUUCAUAGUGAAAAAUUUAGUUUUUACGGGUUAAUUUUUUGUUUGAUUUUUUGACUACUUGUGUUGUGGUUAUUGCAAACAUGAUGCCUUGAAUAAAGGUGUCAGUUUUGUACCAGUUUAAAAGGGUAAAAACCUACUACCACAUUCCAUUAAUUAAUUUACCCGACUUGAACCUCAGUCUUUGGGUUUUCCCUUUUGAUGCCGUGCGUUGUCCUUCCAGGAACGCGUUAUCUGGGUUACUCAAACAAGCGACAGGGUUUCGUUUUUGUUUAAAUUGGCCACUUGUUUUGUUUUUGCUGCACAAUGAGAUCUGUUUUCAGUGCGGUGUAUUUUUAUUUGACUCGGACGACGUUUCGAGCAUUGGCCCUUUUUCAUAGAAACUCGGCCAGAGAGAGAUGGAAUGAAUAAUACGAGAUGGAGACUGCACUUUAUUGUAUUUGCAUUCCUUUGUGACGGUUCUCUGCUAAACUGGCCCCACAGUGUCCGCGUGUUCUUUACCUCCUGUGAUCCCAGAAAAACCAACAGCGAUUGUUGAACAAGCCACGUCCCUGCUGGUGAGACGUGGAGAAGUUGAAACCUGUACAGGGUUCAAUCGACGCUGCUGGAAAACACUGGCUCAGAAGGCCCAUAGGCUGAUGGACCAAAGUAAAAUUGUAUUCUAUAUGUGGGGUAAAAGUGAAGGAUUUUUGUCGGCCAUGUGGUUAAAUCAGAUGGACGUGUGUAGAUACUGACAUGAUCUUGUCCCGGUCACCAAUAACUGCACAAAAACAACUCCUGUGUUUUUACAUAGGUGUAUAUAUAUAUAUGUACGUAGCCUGGCAUUUACAGCUAAAGAUUAAAUUAAUGUUGCAAAAUGUACGGUUGUAGAUGAACCCAAUUGCUAUUUUAACUGCAUGGUUGUAAAGUGUUAUGGAGUAUAAUAAUUUGAUGUACAGGCACAUUGGA